UCUGUGGCGAGGUAGUGUGCGGUUUAGGACGCAGCCAAUGGAAGAGUGAAAUGGGAGGGAGCCAAAAGUGCAAGGAUCUCUCUCUCUCUCUCUCUCUCUCUCCUGACAGCAUCUCUUCAGGUCCGUGAAUGGCAGGACGAGGGCACGCGUCUCACACAAUAACCUUUAGGACGCCCUGCAGGAGGGAAAAGAAGACAUCUGACUUUGUAAUCAUCCCCGAAGCGGUCGUCCAGCGGAUUUAAGGGCAAAUAAUUUAAAAUAAUAAUAAUAAUAAUAAUAAUAAAUUAAAUUAAUUUCUUUCCCCCCUCCCCGCGCGCGUUAUGGAGCGGCGGCGGCGGGCGUCUCUGGCGCUCGCGCUCAACUUGGCGGCGCUGCUGCUGGCCGCGUGCGCGCUCAGCACGAGCUACUGGUGCGCGGGGAGCCGGAAAGUGCUGAAGCCGUUUUGCACCGGGCCGCAACCUCCAACACACAGACACGCGCACUGCAUCCGGUACAACAGCUCCAGCUCUAACGACAGCCGCCAGGUGCAGUACGUGUGGGAGACCGGAGAGGACAAGUUUGUCCUGAGGAAGUUCCACAGCGGUAUAUGGCUGUCCUGCGAGCAGAAUAUCGACCUGAGCGGUGAGAACUGCAGAAGUUUCAUAAAUAUUCCCCCUCCACAUGAGAGAGGGGUCUUGUGGCUUUGCAUCGUUGCAGAAUGUCUUUACAUCCUGCUCCUGGCCACUGGUGGAAUCCUCAUGUCUAUCGAGGUCUGCCAAUUCGGGAACGUCAUAGACGGACUCAAACUCAACGCCUUUGCCGCCAUAUUCACCGUCUUGUCAGGUCUUCUUGGCAUGGUAGCACACAUGAUGUACACAACAGCUUUUCAGCUCACUGUAAGUCUGGGCCCUGAGGACUGGAAACCCCAAAGCUGGGAUUACAGCUGGUCUUACAUGUUGGCCUGGGGAUCUUUCACGGCAUGCAUGGCGUCCUCGGUGACCACCAUCAACAGAUACACAAAGACUAUCCUGGAGUUCAAGCACAAGCGGAGGAACAUGGAGAAAAACCUGAAGAUCAAGCAGCAGCUCCUGGAGCUGGACUGCCCAGAGCAGAUGUGGGACAUGUAUAUCAGCUCUGUGCCCAGCACAGCCGAGGAGCUGCUGGAGCUGUCCAGUCCCAGCCGUAAGCUGUCCAACCACGACAUGGGCGAUCAGCAGGGAGAGGAGUACUGCUGAGGCUAGCGUUAAACCUUGUCUACUAAACUGUGUGGAAAUUCCAUGCUUUUGCAAAUGUGUUACACUGGUGGUGAAAUGUAUUUGCAAAUGGCAUUGGAAAUCACAGUAUUAGCUUGCUGUCCCGCUGGCGGGAUGACCUUCUCAUCGUCUUUAUAGAGUUGCUGCUUCAGUUCUUUGUGAAGAUUCGGUUUGUUUCCUGUAAAACGUAUUAUACUGUAAGGUAUUUGUGAACUUCAGAACUAUUUGUUGCUCUAUUCUAUCAAGCUGCUGCAAAAUCCGCUAGCCACCGCACUGUAAAAUCGUAGAUCGUUUGCUUUUAUCUUUCAACUUUGCCAUGUGACACCGCAGCCAAUUGGAGCAUCUUGUCAGAAGCGUGACUCUAGUAGUUGCAAGGCAGAGACUCCGACUGUCUAGUGGAUGAUACAAUCUGUCUGCAACUUCCAGCAAGGUUCAGCACCUUAACAUAGGGCACAAUGUUCAGGGCAAAAAACAUCUAGAGUUUCAACAGUAAAAACAUUUCUUUACACGUUUUCACCCCUACAAAACCCAGUCAAGCCCAAAUCUGAACCGUGCUCCUCUCCCACAGCCACUCCUCGGUGAUAUGUACAACAUAUCCCCCAGCUAAGGAAUCUGUUGCCUUCUCGUGAUUUUGUGUAUUUGUGCUGUUUAUAAAUGAGGCCCCAGGACAGGACUUUGAUUUUUUAAACUAAACCUCCCCCGGCGUAUUAUAUGACCCGCUGCUGCUUGGCACUGCCACGUGCUCUUAAUGAACUAAGUCUGGCCUCAGAUUACAGUGAGGGCUUCGAGCCAGGGCAGACUGUUAUCUGGCUUCUCUACAGAGUUUAAUCAAUGACUGUAUAUACUGACUGGAUUUUAUGUACUGUGUUGUAUAGCUGGCUGAAGGUGAUGCUGUGGUUGUUAGUUUUAUAUUCAUGUAUUGAUGUUCUAUACAGGUAAGUGACAAAUUAAAGGAAAAAAAACAAUACAAAUUGAUUUAUUAAGGUCUUUUGUGACUAUUAACUGCCCAAUUGCUUCAGGGGACCGUGAUACUGAUUCUAUAAGAAAUUUCUGGAAUAAUACUGGAGGAUUGAACACCAUUGUUACACGGACAAUUCCCUCAACUGGUGUUUGGAAGAUCCCAGUCCAAAACUUCCCAAAAUCUGUGUAAUUGUGGGUGGCUAUGAAGGCCAGAGCAUACACUCAACUUCAUACUCAUCAAAUCAUUCAGUGAGCUGUUGUGUAGUGGGGAGGUGGAGUCAUUCUAGGAGAGACCACUCCCACCAGCAUAGAAAUGUUAGGGGAAUGGAAAAAGGGGUCGGUCAGAGGAACUUUGAAUUAAUUUGCCGCGACACUUCAUUCUAGGAGGACAAGAAGAGACAAAACCAUGAGAGCAAGAUAAUUACCUCCCACCUCCCAGAGAAUAACAUAGCCAGUAUUUCCUUUAAAUUGUCACCGGUCUAAGGAAGAACUAUGAGAAUCAUCUUGUGGUUCCACAAACAUUUGCUGUAUAAUUCUUUAAUGUUGUGCUGUCUAUAAGGUUAUGAUUUUGUCUGUUUUUUGUUUAUGAUUUUUCUAGUCCUGGUUUUCGCAUGUGAUGCUGAUCAAGAUUCUGUUAAACCACAGCAUGCUCAGAACAGAAUAUCCAUUUAUGCUAGAUUUUCUGGGUUUAUAGAUUUGUUCAGUAAUCAGUGUUGUGGCUAUUUUUCUACUGAGGAUGGUAGAUAUUUAUUUGUAUUUAAUAUUACUAAAUGUGUAAAAGUAACGCUUUAGACAGAGUCAGUCUAUCAAUAUGUGACUCUGCAAAGCUUUUAUAUGAGUAUAUUAUAUACUGUAGAUGCUCUCUAGGUGGGAGGGAUGAUUUUACACUCUCUCCUGUCAAUCAGAGGGACACGAGCCAAUCAUGGGCGUCUGUGAGCUCAUGCAGGAUCAUCAAAAAAGACGUGGCUGGCUGGUGUCUCACAGGAAGUAUGUGUUAGCCAUCACUUUCCCCUGCUGGUAGAUCGUAGAUGUGAUAGGAGCUGGAUAGAGAGAGAGAGAGAGAGAUUUGGUAAGUGAACAACUUGGGGAGAAAAUGGGACCAUAUAAAAAUAUAUGUUUCAGAAUUGUUUGGAAUCUGAAUGUCAUUCACAUGCACAAGUUCAUCCUGAGAGAAAGUGUAGUGCAAUAUCUUGGUUGUGACAAGAGUUCAAUUAAAGAAGGAAGUUCCACCGAAUUUUUCCACCGUGCCAUCACUGUUAUCAUGCUAACCUAAUCACGUGCCGAGACUUGAAAAUAAACUGAAAUGAUGCAAUGAAGACUGAGUAAUUACAUUCCCAAAAUGAUUCAGAUGGUGAUAAUUCUGUGCCACCAAAACAUAUAUAUUUUGUGACCUAUGUGUGAAUUAUACAAGCAAAGUACAAAAAAACAUAUAGUCAAUCUGAAUAACUCUAUCAGAUUUUUUGUGCUUGUGUGAUUACAGCAGAGAUUAUUUCUCCAUAUACAUGUCCUUACUUGGCUUUAUUUUCUCCUACUGUACUUGAACUUCCAUUGGAUUGGGAACACCUUUACACCUGCAAAUUCAAGAUCAGGCAAUGUUUUUCCACGUCCAGUUUGGGUGAGGCUGUGUCCACUGUAGCCUCUGAUUGCUGUCCUUGACUGACAGGAGUGGAACAUGAUGUGGUCCCAUAAUGUUAUCCAAGUAUCCCAGCAUCAAGGUUUGGUAUACUGUGCGAUCUGAGAUGCUUUUCUGCUCAGAACAGUUGUAAAGAGUGGUCAUUUUAUAGACAGUAGCCUUUCUUUCAGCUUUAUCAAGCUCUCUCUUCUGAUUUCACAGAAUUGUUUUUUUAUUUUGUUUUAACUUAAGGGUGAAAAUCAUUUUGAAAACACUCAAACCGACAACAUUUUGUCUACAUUCUGAUCUUUGAUGCUCUUGACCUGUAUCUGCAUGAUAUAGUGCAUUGUGCUGCUGAUUUGAUCACUGCAUCAGUGAUCUGGUGUACAGGUGUUCCUAAUAAGGUGGCCAGUGCAUGUAUGUUAGUUCUCAUUUUGUAAUACUGGAAUAUUAUCAGUAGGUAUACAUUGCACACGUUUUCCUCAACAGUUAGGGGACCGUAAAAGGAGACCAAAAGCGACAAAAUGCUUGAAUGGCCACAAGGUGGCACUGCGUCAACGUUUUUGACAUUAGCUGUUGCACUAAUAUAACCCAGUGUGUAUUAGGGCUUCUUAUUUACUUCUUAUUUAUAUCCCGUUGUACAACUGUGCUACAUGUGCCCUUCAAACAAAGGGACGUUU